AUGUCUACAGAACAAGACCGCAAACCCGUCGCCGACCAGGCCGAAGCCGACGCCUGGUUCCCCUCCCCAUACUCCCUCACUCAAUACGUAGCGCCCAAGACCGACUUCGACGGCGCCGACUACCCCAACGCCUACAAAGGAGGCAAAUGGCGAAUCCUCCUCAUCGCCACGCAAGAACGCUACCUCCGCAUGGCCGGCGGCGAGUUCUUCUCGACGGGCAACCACCCCGUCGAAAUGCUCCUCCCGCUCCUGCACCUCGACAUGGCGGGCUUCCAGAUCGACAUCGCCACCAUCUCGGGCGACCCCGUCAAGUUUGAGAUGUGGGCGUUUCCCAAGGAGGAUCAGGAUGUUAAGGAGGUUUUUGAGAAGUAUAAGGAGAAGCUUCGUCAGCCGUUGAAUCUUCAGGCUGUUUGGGGGAAGGGUGGUUUCGAUAAGGACACGCCUUAUAUCGGUGUCUUUAUCCCUGGCGGUCACGGCGUGCUGAACGAUGUUCCUGCCUCCGAGCUCGUCGGUAAUAUUCUCCGCUGGGCGGAUGCAAAUGAUCGAUACUAUAUCUCACUCUGCCACGGCCCAGCCAGCAUGCUCGCCGCCAACGUCAACAAACCCCCGGGCUCCAAAUUCAUCUACUCCGGCUACAAAAUCGCCGUCUUCCCCGACGCUCUCGACACAUCGACCAACAUCGACAUCGGCUACAUCCCGGGUAGAAUGCCCUGGCUCGUCGGGGAGGAACUGAAGAAGUUGGGCGUCGUGCCGGUUAAUACGGGGAUUACGGGGGAGACGCAUCGGGAUCGGUUUGUUUUGACGGGGGAUUCGCCGUUGGCGAGUAAUAAUUUGGGGAGGUUGGCGGCGAGGACGUUGUUGGAGGAUGUUGCUGCGAGAGGUUGA